AUGUCAUUGCAUGGUUAUGUUGGCCAGCAGCCGUUUAGGGCCACACCAAAAAACACGGCGCUUCCAUUUGACCAUGAGGUAUCUACCAAGCCAACCGGGGCAUCUUUUGGCACCUCGGGUCAAGUCUUAAUUCACUGUCUGCCUGCUGAUACCACCGAAGAGAAACUACGGUUGAUGCUUCUAUUCUCGCAGGAACUCCUCAGUAUUGAAAUCCUGCCUCUAGAUGUGUCUCCAGACGUCGGUCUUCGUUCAGCUAUCGUCAAGUUCCAUACCCCUGCAGGCGCGCAACAAGCGAAGGAUAUGUUACAUGGCAAAUCCACUCGACCAAAUGAACACGAGUUGGUCGUCGAAAUCUUAUCUGGAAGCCCGACUGAUUCUAGAAGAUAUCCACUUGAAGACAGCGUCCCAACUCAGACGAAUGGCUCUACUUCCAUCGCUGCUCCAGGCGCUCCUUCGCGCCAGCCUCCUCGAUUCAGCGACUCGUUCUCUUCACAUGAAAAGAUCGUACCAGCCUCGAAUAGUCUGUAUUCAAUUAACGACGUGACUAGCCCCGAAUUCUAUCAUAAUAUUUUCAGUCCGCAGUCACCUAUUGGCAACCACCUCACCAAUCAAACACACAGCUUAGGAAAGACUCUUAUCCACGAUACGGCCGAGGACGAUGAAACUCGAGAACUGCUAAAAGAUCCUGUCGCCUACGCCGAGAAUGGGGCUACACAGCAAAGACGCGCUACGGCGCCACAGAUCCCCAUUGCGCGUUUGUCUAAUCUAUCGCUCAAUACCACUACCAAUGGAAACGGUUCCAUGCCACCAUAUGGGCACUCGAGCAUGACACCUAUGUCCGCUCACGGGAAUAAUAUGUCGCCUACUAUUAUGAACGGGGUAAACCACCCGGGAAGCUAUGGGAUGGCCAAUUAUAAUAAUAAUCGACAGCAUUUUCCGCCUGUUAACCCUGCGGAUCAGAAUCCCCCAUGCAACACUCUCUACGUUGGCAAUUUGCCAGUCGAUACCUCUGAGGAAGAACUCAAAGCUAUGUUUCAAAAACAACGUGGAUAUAAACGACUAUGUUUCCGUACCAAGCAAAACGGCCCCAUGUGCUUCGUGGAAUUUGAGGAUGUUACUCUAGCAACCAGAGCCCUUCACGAGUGUUACGGUAAACUUCUACACAACAGUGUUAAGGGGGGUAUUCGACUUAGCUUCUCGAAAAACCCACUCGGUGUUCGCUCCAAUCCAACCGGUGGCCCCUCCGCGAACGGCUCGAUAAGCAAUAUGAACCAUUUAAUGGCAGCAGCACCCAAUGGCUACGCCAUUACCAAUGGGCCACCUCCCGGUCUGGGGACUCCUCCAGGCCUAGGCCGUGUCGAUUACAAUAAUACAAACGGCAGCAACAGUAAUCAUCAACCAACAAGCGGUACCACUACACCUUCCGCUUACUCGAUGGGAAAUCGCUGGAAUUCACUAAGCUACUCCCAUCAUCCAACUGCUCGCUCCUCACCGCCUCCUAAUGGGGCCAACGGGAUCAAUGGAACCAAUGGGACUAAUGGGACUAAUGGGACUCACGAAACCGACGAGUCCAAUCGGCCCAUGCCGACAUACAUGAACUACUUGGGGAGGCGUUAA